UGGAAUCCAGCUGUCACCGCCCCGCUGGAGGGCGCGCAUUUCCGGGCUGCCCACCGGCCGGGUCGCUUCGGGAGCCGCUGCCCCUGCAGAGCCAAGAGCUGCCCCCGCCCGCUCCGCCGCCAUCCGGCCCCAAUCGCGCCCCCCGAAAAUGCCCGUCGACUUCACCGGGUACUGGAAGAUGCUGGCCAACGAGAAUUUCGAGGAGUACCUGCGCGCGCUCGACGUCAAUGUGGCCUUGCGCAAAAUCGCCAACUUGCUGAAGCCAGACAAAGAGAUCGUGCAGGACGGCGACCACAUGAUCAUCCGCACGCUGAGCACUUUCAGAAACUACAUCAUGGACUUCCAGAUUGGGAAGGAGUUUGAGGAGGACCUGACGGGUAUAGAUGACCGCAAGUGCAUGACCACGGUGAGCUGGGACGGGGACAAGCUCCUGUGCGUGCAGAAGGGUGAGAAGGAAGGACGCGGCUGGACCCAGUGGAUUGAGGGUGACGAGCUGCACCUGGAGAUGAGAGCGGAGGGUGUGGUCUGCAAGCAAGUGUUCAAGAAGGUGCACUGAAGCGGGCGACCUCGGCCUCGGGGAGAGAGUGGCAUGGGCACGCGGGCCAGGGUCCCCCCACCCCCCCCCCGCUCUGCACAGCAUGGGGCAGAAACGCCCAGCCACCUCCAGGUAUCGGUUAGCAGCCCGUCUCUUGGCCUUGUCCCUUUCCCUUUUCUUAGAACACAGCCAUCCCAAUAAAAGUGCUCUCUGUUCAA